CCCGCCCCGGCUGUGGCCCCCGGCUGCGGAGGAGUCCGAGACGCAGCUGCUGCGCCGGGGCCUGAGCGGCCGCCGCCACCCCCACCGGCGGACCCGGAGCGCCCCGCACAGGUUUAGCCCCAGUGUGCCGGCCUGGGCUGUACCCAGGUUCAGAGCCAUGGCCCAUCGGUGGGUGAAGCUUGAGGCCGUGAUGGAGCCGCUGGCACAACAGAAGCAGCCUCGGCAGCCUCCGGCCACAGCAGGCCCCACGCCUGGCUCCUCUGCAGAUGGACGCCAGAGAGAAGCAGGACAACAGAUGAGAGAAGCCCCGUUCUUGUAUGCCCAGAAGCUGGUCACACAGCAGACUCUUCUUUCUGCCACCCCCCGGGAGGCCAUCUGGCAGCCCCGCCCUGGGUCCCUUGGCCAGAGGGCCACCAGCCGCGGGCAGUGGCCCGAGUUUUUGAACGGAGCAAUGUGAACUCGAGCCCGAGGAGGAGGAAGGAGGUCUGGAAGAUGAGGAUGGGGAUGAUGAAGUUGCAGAGGUGGCUGGGAAAGAGGCCCAGGCCGCAUCCAAGUAUUUUCAUGUGCAGAAAAUGGUUCGCCAGGACCCCAGAGCAGCGUCUGGAUCUGGUCUGCUUCCAGCACCAGGGCUCCCACUGCGUGGACAGCAAGCUAAAGAAGACCAUACCAAAGAUGUUUCCAAGGCCCCACCUUCAGUCUCCACAGCUGGGCAGCCGAGCUGGAAUCUGGAUGAGCAACUCAAGCAGGAACACCCCAUUUCUGGGCAGUCUUCUUGGUUAUGGCCUGGAGGGAUUGUGUGCCUAGAAGGGAAGAAUGGUGGUUUGGCCUGGACUGAUGAUGCGGAUGGAGGCCGGGGAAGAGAGAUCUCUCGAGAUUUUGCCAAGCUGUAUGAACUGGAUGGUGAUCCGGAAAGGAAAGAGUUCCUGGAUGACCUCUUCGUCUUUAUGCAGAAGAGGGGGACCCCCAUCAAUCGAAUCCCCAUCAUGGCCAAGCAGAUCCUGGACCUGUAUAUGCUGUAUAAGCUGGUGACAGAGAAGGGGGGCCUGGUGGAGAUCAUCAACAAGAAGAUCUGGCGGGAGAUCACCAAAGGCCUGAACCUGCCCACAUCAAUCACCAGCGCCGCCUUUACCCUGAGGACCCAGUACAUGAAGUAUCUCUAUGCCUAUGAGUGUGAGAAGAAAGCCUUGAGCUCCCCGGCAGAGCUCCAGGCCGCCAUCGACGGCAACCGGAGGGAGGGCCGGCGGCCCAGCUACAGUUCCUCCCUCCUGGGCUACUCUCCUGCUGCCGCCACCGCCGGGGCCCCCGCCCUUCUCUCCCCACCCAAGAUCCGUUUCCCCAUCCUCGGGCUGGGCUCCAGCAGUGGCGCCAAUGCCAGCAGCCCUCGGGUACCCCCUGCGACCACUCUCAGGAAAGGUGAUGGCGUCCCAGUGACAACAGUGCCCGUGCCAAAUCGCCUGGCUGUGCCUGUGGCCUUGGCAGGCCAGCAGGCCGGUACCCGGACGGCUGCGCUGGAACAGCUGCGGGAGCGGCUGGAAUCAGGGGAGCCCCCCGAGAAGAAGGCGUCCAGGCUGUCGGAGGAGGAGCAGCGCCUGGUGCAGCAGGCCUUCCAGCGCAGCCUGUUCAGCGUGGCACGGCAGCUGCCCAUGAAGAUCAGGAUCAAUGGCAGGGAAGACAGAUCAGAGGCCUCGGCUGCAGCGCUGAACCUGGCCACUGGCAGCAUCGGGAGCAUCAACAUGUCUGUGGACAUCGAUGGCACCACCUAUGCAGGUGUGCUGUUUGCCCAGAAGCCCGUGGUCCACCUCAUCGCGGGGCCCACCCCCCAGAGCCUGGGUGGCAGCGCCAGCGGCAGCAGCAGCUCUCACUGCUCGCCAAGUCCUACCUCGUCCCGGGGCACCCCCAGCGCCGAGCCCUCCACCAGCUGGUCCCUCUGAGGGGCAGGACCCAGCUCCCCACGCCCCACUC